AUGGACCAGUUCCUCGAGCGAUUCCCGGAGGUUGGCCCCAAUGCACCUGGUUCAGGAUUUCAGAAAGGUAUCCUCACUGCCAUGAUCGAGCUGGGGGCCUUUGUUGGAGCCAUGAACCAAGGAUGGAUUGCCGACAAGAUCUCUCGCAAGUGGUCUAUCAUGGUUGCAGUGGUAAUUUUCCUCUUAGGUUCCGCCCUACAAACUGGAGCUAUGAGUUUUGAAAUGCUUGUAGGUGCCCGGUUUGUUGGAGGUUUUGGUGUCGGUAUGCUGGCUAUGGUGGCACCGCUUUACAUUUCUGAGAUCGCGCCCCCGGAGAUUCGUGGCACAUUGCUUGUUCUGCAGGAGCUUGCAAUUGUUACUGCUGUCGUAGUUGCUUUCUACAUCACCUAUGGUACAAGGUAUAUUUCUAGUGAAUGGUCGUGGCGCCUUCCUUUCCUCAUUCAGAUGAUCCCUGCCUUAUUUCUCGGUGUUGGUAUUCCAUUCCUACCUUAUUCACCUCGUUGGCUCGCUGGCCGAGGCCGAGAUGAAGAAGCACUUCAGGUUCUCUGCAAGUUGCGUGGUGUCGACCCUACUGACGAGCGCGUCAUCCGAGAGUGGGUUGAGAUACGCUCCGAGGUAGCUUAUUGUAAGGAAGUGAGCAUCGUGAGACACCCAAAUUGGCAGGAUGGAAGCCACACCAGCCGUGCUAUGCUUCAUUUUUGGAGCUACCUGGACUGUUUCCGCAAAGGGUGUUGGAAGCGUACGCAUGUCGGUAUCGUACUGAUGUUCUUCCAACAAUUUGGCGGGGUCAACGCCCUCAUCUACUACUCACCCAGUCUGUUUGCAGGAAUGGGUCUAAAAUACGAGAUGCAACUCCACAUGUCCGGUGUUAUCAACAUCUGCCAGCUGUUAGCCUGUUUCUGGUCACUAUGGGGAAUGGAUAAAUUCGGCCGGAGACCUUUGCUCUUUGGUGGUGCUAGCUGUAUGGCUCUUGCGCAUCUCAUCAUCGCUAUACUUAUGAGCCAGUACCAAUCAAACUGGCCUGCGCAUUCAAAAGAGGGCUGGGUUUGUGUCGCGUUCCUGUGCUUCUUCAUGCUCACCUACGGAGCUAGUUGGGGUCCUAUUCCUUGGGCCAUGCCGGCUGAGAUCUUUCCUUCCUCGCUACGUGCUAAGGGUAUGGCAUACUCCACAAUGUCGAACUGGCUUAACAACUUCAUAAUCGGGCUCAUUACUCCCCCACUUAUACAGAAUACUGGAUAUGGGACUUAUGUUUUCUUCUGUGUAUUUUGUGGCUUGUCAUUUAUUUGGACGUGGUUUUUCGUCCCGGAGACAAAUGGAAAAACUUUGGAGGAAAUGGACUCUGUCUUCGGGGAUAAUACUUCGACUGUCGAGACAGAACAGAGGGCGAGGAUUGAGGCUACAAUUUGGGCCCAUGCUGCGGGACGAUCUAAUGGACUCCAAGGCACUCAUCAAGUUACUUAG